GGCAAAAAUUAGACCAAUGGCAACCUGGCAGUUUUGAAAGGAAUUUUUAUUGAUUGGGAUUUCAGUUUUCAUUGCAUGUUGCAAUCGAUGAUCAGCGCCUAGGUAUAACAUCUUACCUGAGAUAUGCAGGGACAUUUCGGAACAAGGACCGUAACGGAUUUUAUCGAUAACAAUCGCUUGAUUGGACUGGAGGUCCUGUAAACAACCCUAUACCAAAUUGAUUAUCAUAAGUCAUGGGUCAACUUGUGAUCAAUAAUAGGUGUUUAUGUCUAAAGUGAGACGAUAUGGGAAGAGAUGAAAGCACGAAUUGCAUGGAGGCCCACGCCUUUCUAAAUGGCCUGUGUAUGGAAUGUUACGUCACAUUGCUCACCAUUCUAGACAUCCUCUGCAUCACCACAGAGCUCGUCAUUAGACUGGGAAUAAUUAAAGACCCACACGCCGAUCCUACGGAGAGCCCUCUGGUGUCCAGUCUCAAUGUGACCACUGAAACUUACAAUCCAGAUCCAGGCGGAACGUGCCAGCAGUGCUCCAUGGAAACCUCUCUAGAUAUCGCACACUGCGUGGUGCAUUACUCCAGCGUCACCAUCUCAUGUGUAUUCAUGAUUGAGGUGGUGGCACGGGUUGUUGCUGGAUGUCCAGGCUGCUGGAAAGAUGUUCUUAACGUUUUUGAUGGUUUUGUUGUACUAUCUGUCUGUUCUAUGGAAGUUCUGUUUACCGUGUUUUGGAAUGACGUCAUCUGUUACCACGUGGCAGUAGAGGCAGCCACUUAUGUGGUGGCUCUUCGCUUUCUCCGAAUUCCAAGAGCUUGCAGUGUUCGAAAGAGAAUUUAUGCGGAACGAUUAGAAAACGAAAUGCACUACUUAAGGAAGGCAAAAUCUAAAUCAGAAGAGCAUUCAAGGGAGCUUGCCACAAAACUAAAACGCCAACAGAAAGAAAUACUAGAAUUACAAAACCGACUAUCAACAGCAUCGAUGGACUAUACACAUGAAAAUAUAUCAUCUAUAUCAAUCAGCGAUUUAAGUAUUCCUCAGAUAAGUAAUGGAACCUUGCCUAACGGGUUCCACACCACCUCACUUGAUGAGCUAGACUCUGUUACGUCAUCAAUUACUGCUGCCAAACAAGCUGAUCUUACAGACACCAAAGAAAACGGCCCAAAGGAAUCGGCUUCAAGACAGAGUAGUGUGCAAUAUAAUUCCCUUCUCAGUGAAAUUAACUCAAAACGAGAUGAAAUUAAUAAAAAGAGUCUCAAACUAAAACCGGGUCACUCCCGAAACACGUCUCCAAAGAAAGAGGCAAAUGAUCACGAAGUGAUCUACUCCAACGCACAUGAGACUACUUACAUGAACACUUCCGGUAUGUAUGACGGUUGUGGCGGGAGUUACCAUGACAGUAAUGCAACUGACAUUGUGUACCAGUUGGAUAAAAUCAUUAGAGACAAUCAGUCGAAUGGCACGGUAUCCGCCAUUAGGGAUUCUGCGCAGUCCGCACAGUCUGUGGAAACGGAUGAUGAUGAAGCACUCCUUAUAAGAAGAAGUUAUGGUGCUAAAUCUGGUUCCCAUGUUCGAGCCUCGUUUGCAGGAAGAGAGAAUAAAGCGUUUAGUUACGGAGACAAGACUAGGGCUUCGUUUACAACUGCCCGCGAAAGUAGAACCAGUUUUCAUCCUGGACCUGAGGUUAACGAAGUAGUCAAAAUGAGAAAUCUAGAAGUAAUGGCUGAGUAUGAGGGAACAAGAACGUACCGUAGUGCUGAGGGCAUUCCACUUACAGACCUUUAGAUUUUACAAGAUCCCCCUGCUGGAACAGGAAGUUUUGAUGGCCUGUAUUUAUCCUACUUAUUGUAAAGACCAAACCAAAACCUGUCUCUGAUUACCCCCCUUUUUUACAUUUUGUUCAUUUCCUAAAUAUAUAUCAGUAGUGCAAUAACGAUGCUUUCUCAGAAUUAAGAUUGUGUUAAAAUGUCAUUGUCAUACGUAUAUUUUUGACUUGCAAAAUUACGGUAUGGUAAUAUUCAAUACUGAAUAAUUUUUCAUUACUAAUUUCGGCAGUAAUUUCAAAAGAACGCGGGUGAAAAAGUGGUAAAUGCCUACGGCUGGACACAGAAGCAAUUAAGUUUAAAAAUCAUCAAUUACAUCUUUUAAUGAAGCUACAUGUAGAUGAAAUCAAUAUAUUAUAAACAUAUUUAGUUUAUUUACUCUUUAAAAUGAAACAUGGAACAAUCCCAGUAGUGCUAGAAGUAUGUAAUAUUUAAGCUGUAAAAUGGCAUAAACACACCGACGUUGGCAAAAUUGAUAUUAAUUUUCGCGAACAUGUUUAUUACAGUUUUUUUCUUUGUGAAUAGAUUCGAAAUUAAUUUUAUUGAAAGAAUAUUUUCUAAAGUUGAGUUAUGAUAUAUAAAAAGAGAGUACAUUAAUCAUAAAAAGUACUCAUUUAUUCCAAUGCAAUUGUAUUUUUAUUCAACCAUUUCGAUAGCUGCAGGACUGUAGCUCUUCAGAAAAAUAAUAGGGGUACAUUGGCAGAAUCUGAUCAUACCUCCCAUCGAGGUACAGAUCAGCAGCCACUUAUUCAGGGGACAAGUUAUGCAUUCCAUUAAAUUACAUCAGUGAUAAAAACAUUGCAUUUAAUUAUUACUAAUUUGAUAGCUAUUCGAUUGGGGCAUUUAAUACACCUCUUUCACCCAUGUUCUUUUCAAUUUUCUUCCACAGUACUGUAACUUUUCCGAGAAUGAUUUUAUCGUUUUUUCUUCAUGCUUUAUACCAUGUCUUUCUUAAUAAUUAUAAUAUCAUAUAAUAUCAAAACUUAAAGAACCCAUAAGACAUGAUCAGUUGGUUAAUUAAUUAAGCUAUGUAAAUUAUAUUCUGAUUGAAACCAAAAAUAAUGCAAUACUUGGCAUUGUUGAAAUGCGGGUCGUUUUUGCGAUGCUUGAUCCUUGGAUAUACAUGUAUUUAGUCUGUGAUUUUAUUUUAAUAAAUAAAUAGCAAUAUGUCAUAUUUAAAUAAAUUAAUAGCAAUAUAUGUCAGGUGUGAAUGUCAAUAUUUUUUUUAUAGCCACCCCGUUCCUUCUUAGUGUAUU